AUACAGUCGCUGUUGAUCCUAUUUUGGUCAUAGCUGUUGGAAGUGAAGUGAAGUUUGUUCGAAAGAAAGCCGAAUUAUUUUCGAUUUUGGUUUGAUGUAAUGUUCAGAUUCCGAUAAGAAAAGAGUCAGAAGGUCUUUGUUCGUUAGUUUCGACGAGUCUGGGUUUAUGAAUAGUUUUCGUCAUGAAAGCCGAGGUUUCCACAGCUGUGAACUUUAUUACCACCUUGUUGAGAGGAACAGGACUUCUGUCUGAAGACCAACUCCAACACUUCAGCCUUUCUCUGGAAGAGGCUUUAGGAGAGCAUUAUGAGCACCAUUGGUUUCCUGACACACCGUUUAGAGGUUCGGGAUAUCGCUGUAUUCGGAUCAAUCACAGGAUGGACCCGCUAGUAGGGAAGGCCGCUUACACCAUCGGCCUCAGCAGGGAGCAGCUUUUCUCCCUCUUACCCAGCGAGCUUACAAUGUGGGUCGACCCCUACGAAGUGUCCUAUCGUAUAGGAGAGGACGGGUCCAUAUGUGUACUGUACGAGUCAACUCCUCCACAGGAGACUCAUCAGAACUCUGUGGACAGCUGCAAAAAGAAAUUCAGAAUCAGUCACUCGAGCCCAUCAAAAUCCUUCACUGUGAUGACCGUCUCCAGUUAAUGUCUGUACACAUCUGCCAUAUGUUUUACAAUUUGUUAAUGAUUAUUUUUACUGAAUGAUGAAUUUGGAUAUAUUUUGAUUUAAUGCUUGAUUUUAACAACUGUAAAAUUUUGUAAAUGUUUUAUACAUUUUGAAUAAAGAUGAUGCUUCAGUGUU